GCGCGUCCAGCAGCCCGGCUUCAGACGUCCGCGCUCGUCCGUGCCCGUCGUCCUCUCCGAUUGUUCAGACUCCUGGUCUGUCCCACACAGUCCUCUCGUACUCUUUCUGCACCGCCCCCCGGGCCCAAUACUAUGCUCGCGCACCCCCAGCCGACACACGCCGGGCAAAACGACAUCGACCCGUUCAUCCUCUAUGCCCAGUCGCUCCACGACUACACCCUCCGGCUGUGGACGGAGUCCCGCCGGCUCGCGGAGGAGAAGGCGCGUGCCCGUGCGGCGGAGAUAGCCGCUGUGAGGAAGCGGGAGGAGGAAAGGCAGAAACAGAAGAAGCCCGCCGCACAGGCCGGCAACGCAGUCUGAAGGAAUCGAGUUUGAAGAAGAACGAGAGGACACCGAUGGAACGUCAGGUCUCCGUUGGCUGCGGUUGAUCGUCCAACACCACGCUACGCCGUGCAUGUACUCAAUACUCGUGCCCGCACUGGUGCGGCAGCACCCACGUCUGCUUCGACGACGACGCCAUGCUAUCUGUCCAGGACGAUGAAACUUACCUUACGACGAUCCGCCUCCACACGUAUUGGCCUCGCAAUAUUGUACAUACCACGACCCCCCGCUUUCACCGCAUUUCGCUCUCGUCGGUCUGACCCAUCCAGUGUAAUUGAUUAGCCCCCUCGUCGCGCUCGAUAGACUGACCUCCACAUACCUCUUUUCCCUUUUCGUUGUGCGCUCUUCGCUUCUGUCCCGUGUUUGUCCAAUAACGCUAUAUCUAUUUCGUCUCUUGACCCCA